AUGAUAGGACCGGGCGGCGAGGCGCCCAUGGUGUUGGGUGUCCUUUGGGGCCUGACUGGCAUGACAUUAUGCUUCGUCAUAUUGCGCCUUUGGACGCGAUUGGGUGUUCUUCAGGCCUACGGCAUGGACGAUCAUUUCUUUAACUUUGCUUUUGUAGGUGUUUCCGAUGAUGGCAUCGUUUCUGUAUCAAGCAACGACGCUAUCGUGCUUUUCGUUGCAUACGACGUUAUGAUCACUGUCGCCUCAUUCUAUGGAUUUGGCAGAAAUAUUUCAGAACUCGAAUCACCACACGACGUCUCCCACGCGAUCCUGUUUGAAGCCAUCGGCCAGACCAUCCUUGUCGUCGGCACUGUCGUCUCCAAGACCUCUCUCGCGUUGUUCCUCCUCCGCCUCGUGACCACUCGUCUACAUCAGUUCAUCAUCCUCGUUCCGGUCAUCAUCCUUGGGCUCUUUGUGGUGAUCUCGCUCGUCGUCUUCUGGUUCUCAUGCAAACCAGUGGAAUUUCUCUGGAACCGAUUUCUCCCAGGUGGCACAUGCCCGAUCGACCCGGGCCCAAUUUCAACGGCUGCCGGAGCUUGGAGUGUUGUUGUCGAUUUCUGGUAUGCCAUCACACCAUGGGCGUUGCUCUGGAACGUCCAGAUGGCCAAGAGAGAGAAGCUACUCAUUAACAUCAGUAUGAGUUUGGGUGUCAUCGCCGGGGCAUGUGGAAUCCAGAGAGCACUGGAACUAAAGAAUCUGGGUAGCACGAAUUUUACAAGGGAUACUGUUGGUUUGAUUGUAUGGCAUGCAGCUGAAUUAGCCGUUACAAUGGUGUGCAUCGGCAUUCCUGUUUGCCGCCCCUUGUUCAAGGGUUGGCUAAACCUAUGGACAUCACGAAACGGAAGCAAGCCCACUGGGCCAUACACGAAGGAUAUGACCGGAUCGAACGGCAACUUCAUGAUGCGGACGAUUGGCGGUACUGACUACACGGUUAGAGUUGGACUGAAAACGCCAGAGUUGGACCUGGGAGGGCGCGCCGGCGAGCGCAGUGGUUAUGAAACGAGCGGUACCGAGCGUUCUGCAAAGGUUUUUGGCGACGAUAACAGUGUUGAAUCCAUCUUGGGGCCUGAACUAAGGCAGGGCCAGACACGCGAUGGACACACACGGGGAUGGUCCAACGGAUCAGCGAAGGGGGGCAACCAUGACAUUUGGGUCAAGUCCGAGGUUGUGGUUAAGUCAACGGCAAGGGAUUGA